GGUCAAUGUCAAUACUCAUGUUAAUACUUCUGCUAUGAAUACCUAGUAUGAUGCCAUCCUACCAUUUUAUCAAAAUAAUAAAUAUACUUAAUUUACCAAAUAGUUUCCCAAACCAUCACGUGCAGCAAAAUUGCAUAACUCUGCAUUACAACACUUUAAACAUUUUUUGAUACGAAGUAGCCAAUCUCUGUGUUUUUUUAGAGAAAAAACUGCUAUGGAAAAAGAGAAAGAUGGAGGUGGGUGGGUCACUACAAAGCAACCAAGAGACCUCACAGAGGCUGAGAAACAGAAGCUUGCCGAAGACGAAACCUGUGUCUCGGACUUCAAGCAGAAUAAGUUGGAGUUAGAGGCCAAGAAGAACUGGGACCUUUUCUACAAGAGGAACUCCACAAAUUUCUUCAAGGAUCGGCACUGGACGACCAGGGAGUUUGAGGAAUUGAUAGCAGAGAGUAGAGAGGGAAAACAAAAAUCACUAUUGGAAGUUGGUUGUGGUGUUGGCAACACGGUGUACCCUCUCCUAGAUGCUAGUCCUGAGAUCUUCAUCCACUGCUGUGAUUUCUCACCAAGAGCUGUACAGUUUGUCAAGGAGCACUCCGCUUAUGACCCAGCUCGUGUCAAUGCAUUCCAGUGUGACAUCACAUGUGAUGAUCUGACCAAUAACAUAGCAGCAUCCAGCGUUGACAUGGUAACCAUGUUCUUUGUUCUGUCAGCGAUUCAUCCAGACAAGAUGUUACAGUCAAUACAAAAUAUAUACAAGGCUCUUUGUCCCGGUGGGUUGGUGUUAUUCAGAGACUAUGGUCUUCAUGACCAUGCCAUGCUCAGGUUUAGCAAGGGACACAAACUCAGUGAGAACUUUUACGUGAGGCAGGAUGGAACAAGAGCUUUCUACUUUUCUACAGAUGUUCUCUCAGAUCUGUUCAUCAAGGCAGGAUUUGAUGUGGUUGUCAACGAGUAUGUCUACAGAGAGACGGUGAACAAGAAAGAAGGACUCUCUGUACCCAGGGUGUUUGUCCAGAGUAAAUUCUCAAAGAAGAUCGCAGAGAAUUCAUGACACCCAUUUACACCAGACUGUUUUGCAACCUCAGAUCUGAGCUCUUCAAGGAAAUGAAAGAGAAUUCAUGAUACCAGUAUACAAGAGACAGUUUAAUAAUUUCAGAUCUUUGUGUUAGAGUGGUGCUUCCAGAGCAAAUUCUUGAAGAAAAUCGCAGAGAAUUCAUGACACCCAUUUAUACCAGACUGUUUUGCAACUUCAAAUCUGUGCUCUUCAAGGAAAUAAAAGAGAAUUCAUGACACCAGUAUACAAGAGACUGUUAAGCAAUUUCAGAACUUCCUGUUAGAGUGGUGCUUGUAAAGCAAGUUCUUGAAGAAAAUUGCAGA